AAAAAAAUGUUAAACAGCUGUCAAACAUAUCGACAAACUUUAAAGAGUGUUUUUCAUUCAACUCGAUUGGCUCGAAAUAAUAAUGCCAAAUACAUUAUUUUGAAUAAAUAUGCUAGAAUACAUUCAUCUGCUAAUAUUAAGAAUGCUAAAGGUAAUCUUCAGAACGUAUAUACAGUUAAACCUACUGGUUUCUGGAGAGACAAGAUCCUUCAACAUGAAUCAAAGAAGCCAGUGACAUCCCCUUCUAAGCCUCGAAAACUAAUUGAUAAAACUAUGAAGGACAGUUAUAUAGUAGAAUAUCUUCCUUUUAAAUCAUCUCCUGCAUUGUUAGAUGAUUAUAUUUUUUCUGAUGGUCGAAUUCGAACAGGCAAGCUUUUAGAAGAUUUAGAUGCACUUGCAGGCGCUAUAGCUUAUAAACAUAUUGAUAAUGGUGAUCCUGAUGCUUCACCUGUUACUGUAGUCACAGCAAGCGUGGAUCGUUUAGAUUUAUUCUUACCAGAAGCUAAAAUUGAGAAUUAUAAAUUAAGUGGACAUGUUACUUAUGUAGGCAACAGUUCUAUGGAAAUCGCUAUUAAGGCCGAAACAGUAUCUGAAGGUGAAGAUGGUUCCUUAAAUAAGGACUCUAUUAAAAUUCCGGAAAAUCUUGGUAUUCUCAAAAAGAAUACUGUUUUAGCAACUCGAUUCACAAUGGUUGCCUUAGACUCAAUAACACAAAAGCCUGUUAAGAUUAAUCCUUUAAAGUUGACAAGUCCUGCAGAAGAAAGGCUCUUUGCGUUGGGUGAAACAAAUAAAAAGAGAAAGAAGAGGGCUACAGAGACUUCAUUAGCACGUCUGCCUCCUACACCUGAAGAACGUCUUGAUAUUCAUGACAUUUACUUGCAAUAUUCCCAAUACACGCAUGAUACAAAUGAUGAUGCAUUUAUGAAAUCUCAAUCAUCUGAUGAAAUGCAACCUUUACCAGAUAAUCUCGUGUGGAUGCGAGAUACAAAGAUUGAAAGUAACUUUUUAAUGCAACCUCAAGAUAGAAAUAUUCAUAAUAAUAUCUUUGGUGGUUACUUGAUGCGUCGUGCUUACGAAUUAGCUUAUGCAAAUGCAAGUCUCUUUAUGAAAUCAGCUUCACCUAAUUUAUUAUCUAUGGAUGAAGUGACCUUUAGAAAGCCUGUUCAUGUAGGUACACUUCUUAAUCUGAAGUCUGGUAUUGUUUUGUCGGAAGGUUAUCCUCACCGAUCUGUUCAAGUACGUGUUGUUGCUGAAGUCAUUGAUAUUGAAGCAGGAACUCGAGAGACAACGAAUGUAUUUCACUUUACACUUUCCACAGGUGAUGAAAAUAUUAAACUUCGUCGAAUCUUACCUAGAACUUAUGCUGAAACCAUGUUAUGGCUUGAUGCUAGGCGUAGACGUUUUCAAGGUAUUCAUGCUAGGCAUGCCAUGUUAGAAGCUGGUAUUAAACAAAAUUAAAAAUCCAACAAAGUUUGUAAUCUAUGUAUGAUCUUUUUUUUUUUUUCCCUACUAUUCUAUCACUUCUUCUUCUUCUACUACUACCAUAAGUUGUUU